AUGAUUCGUCGCACUCGCCCCGCGCUUGCAAGCGGGUGCAAGCUCUCGCUGCUCUUGCUUUGCGUGCUGCUGUUGGCCGCUCGUGUGACCCAUGCUGCCAUCUCUGGCGAGCCAGUGAACUGCCCCGCCUCUCUUCAAGCAGAAGAAACACUUUGCGAUGGUCUCGACAACGACUGCGAUGGCCGCACUGACGAGUUGGACCCCGUCGCUGCGAACGAAUGCAACACCGGACUGAAGGGCGCUUGCGCGAAAGGAUACUAUCAAUGCCACCCAGUGACUAAGGCUCGCGUCUGCACUGGUCCAAAGCCCAUGCCCGAGACAACCAACGGCAUUGAUGAUGAUUGCAACGGCGUUGUUGAUGAUGUCCCGAACGUGGCUACCGCCAUUGUUUCGCGCGCUGCCCUUGUGCGCGCCACCGGUAUUAGUGCAUCGCUGACCAACACGUACGAAAUGGCCCUCCGCCAACGCGGUAUUGACUACGACGUGCUUUCCACUACCGCCCAAUUUGAUAACGCUUUCCCCAAUCUGCGAGACCGCUACGGCCUCGUUGUCAUUCCCGGCUCUGCCAACUCCAACUGGCUGACGGCGGCCCGUCGCACCCAGCUCGAGUCGUUUGUUUCCGCCGGCGGUGUGAUUAUGAUUUUCAAUCCCGAUGGCGGCGCUUCAUUCAACGCCUUGGCUGGUAUCGGCUCGAUCACUGCCCGCGCAGACGUUUCGUAUCUCCGCAUCGACCCUGCUGCUCAAGCACCCAUCCUGAAUCAGGUGGACACGGUGGAGGAGCUCAAUCUAUACCUUAACGGCUUCGUGCCCGACAUCAAGCGGGAUGCGCGCGUCAUGAAUCUCGGCUCUGCCACCAACCUGGCCACCUUCUACACUGGCGCCUCCGGAGAUGUCAGUGUCGGCUCUGGUAUCGCUCGCCGCAAGGUCGGGCUCGGCUCGGUGUACACGUUUGGCUUCGACAUGUACACGUACGUCUCGUACACUUGCUACAUUAACUGCUUUGACCCAUCGCUGGAUGUCCUCGCCAUGAUGCUGCGCGACGGUCUUCGCGAAGGUUGCCAGGGUCACAGCGUCGUCAAGCACACCGUUCCCGGCUUUGAGGACUCGAUCCUGUUCAUGAGCACCGACACGCACGACUACUCGGAUACUGUGACUGGCAUGCUCCACACUGUCAACGAAGUCACGCCUCGUCCGAGGAUUAGCUUCUUUGUCCAGACUACCACCGAUGACACAGACCCUCAAGUCAUUGCUGAGAUGUGUACUCUCGGCCAGUGCCCCGUCGGUGGCCACACUGUUUCUCACCUCGAGACUUUCAAUACUGUUCCACUGGGCACGGGCAAGGAGAGCCUUGCUACUGGAUACACGGGCACGUUUGAUGAGUCGCCCGGAGACUGUACGCUUUACGGCGAGAUCAAGGUCAACAAUGAGAUCCUGCUCCGCGCCACGGGCAGCAAGAUGGUCAUGUUCCGCUCGCCGUACCUGAUGCUCAAUCCUAACGAGUACCCCGUCCUCCAGGAGCUCGGCAUCAAGGCUUCCAGCUCGCUUGCUAUUGGUGAUCUCAAGGCCAAUCUGCCCGUCGACUUGUCCCUGUACGAAAACCUCCAAGGCAUCUUCAAGCACUCGAAUGUGUACGAGUUUCCUCUCUCGAGCGAGGACGGCCUUGUGAUUGAUGGCGUUCGUCAGGAUCUGGCUCCCCAAAACAUCAACUGGUUUCUUGGACGCUGGCAGUACAAUGUCCUCCAAAACCGUCGCAACGGUGGCAUGACCGUAGUGCUUGAUCACGACGGCUGGGGCGAGGGUCCUCGCAACGAAGGCAUCAUUUCGGCCAAGAAGCAGGCAAUGAUUGCCAUGUUCAACUUUGCCAAGAGCCAAGGCAUUCGCUACACUAUGGCGAUGAACGAGUUUACCGAGUGGUGGAUUUCUCGCAUCGGUGUCAAGGUGUCAUCCUCCUUUAAGAGUUCGACUGGCUACACUGGCACGCUGACUGGUGCUGCUGCAGAUACUGCGAGCUUCACCCUCGAGUUUGGCGAUGCCAUCCAAAGCUUCUCGUGCGCGCAAUGCGGCGCCUUCUCGAUCAGCGGUCGUCGCGUUGUUAUUGAUCUUUUGCGUGCUGGCGUCUCGGCCAGCUUUACUGCAACGGUCGGUGGCUCUUCGAAUCCCCCGCAGUCGUCCAACACUCCUCAAGCCAACCCCUCUACCACCCCGGCCAAAUCCACCACCAAUGCCCCGGCCAACCCGACUCCUACCGGCCCUCCUACCAACCCCCCUACCUGCUCUGGUGCUACCCGCGCCUCGGUUGUGGUCAACUCGUUCUCGUCCGCCUCGCUUUUCGCCAACGAUCUCGGCCUCGACAUGAGCGAUGACGGCUCCAUGGCUGGCUUUAGCAUUUCUGGUGGCCGUGCUUCCCUGACAUCGAAAGCAGGCGCCUACUGGUACACCUUGCUUGCCGGUGCCACGUGCUUUGACGCCACAGGUCUGAAUGGAGUGUCUCUCAAGAUCCGCGCGCCUCCAGGCACGACUGUGAAUCUCGAGCUGCACACGCGCAACGCGGCCUGCACCACGGUCGACAGCCGCUUGACCGUUGCCCUGGCUUCGUACGCCCAAGCACAAGGCGGCUUUAGCACUUCUAUUGACCGCACCAUUGUUGUCCCGUUCUCGGCCUUUGGCAAUGUUGUGGUUUCGCGCCUUCAUGCCAUCGUCCUUUCAGGCAUCACUGCUGGUGCGACCGUCUCCAUUGAUGAUGUGACCCUGACAGGCUGCCCGACAACGCCCGCGCCUACGACGACCGCGCCAGCUCGAUCUGUGACUCCUACUCCUGCUCAAUCUGUGACUCCGACUCCUUCCAGCGGAAACCAGUGCGCUGCACUUGUUGUGGACUCUUUCACGGAUGCAGUCAUUUCGACAAACAAUCUUGGCUUUGCGACGUCCGAUGACGGCACUGCUGCAUCGAUGAGUCAAACCGGUGGCCGUCUUGCCCUCGGGUUGAAGGCCGGCACUUAUUGGUAUUCGCUGCUUGCAAACGCCAACCAGUGCAACGACCUCAGCCGCUUCUCUGGCUUCUCGUUCUCGGUGCAAGCCCCCGCUGGCUCGUCUUUCACGCUUCAGCUGCAGUAUCGCUCAGCUUCGUGCACCGGCUGGGCAGGCUCGUCUAAUGUGCAAAUCUCCGGCCUCACUGGAGCUGUCCAGACCAUGACGGUCAGCUUCUCGCAGUUCUCGCCCGCGGUCCCUGCCAACCGUUUGUUUGCCGUCUCCCUCUUUGGCUUCACUGGAGCGUCGUCCGUCUCCAUCGACAACCUGUCGUUUGUCUGCUAA